UGUCAUCAUCCACUGUUUCUGUCUUAUCCAUAAUAUUUUUUAGCUUAAAUUUGUAUUAAAAUCCAUGUCUAUAUAUAUAUAAAUACAUAUUAAUUUUACUCUCUCUUCAUGCAAGUGUUAGAAUUUAUUUAAGAAAUAAAUAAAGUUACGAAUUAAAAAUAGAGAGCACGUUGAAGAUUUUUGUGUUUUGUUAUCCGCUGGCCAUUUAAUUCUAGCAAAAUACUCAAAAACGAAAACGACGAUGCAGAACUGGGGAAGAACUCGUCGUUUUCUGAUAUAUCCUGCAGUUAACUUCCUCAAUAAUCGUCGAUCAAAUCCUAUCGCUGCUAAUCCAGUUUUCAAUUCUGCUUUCGGCUUAGCGAAUCACCGAGAUUCUCCACUGUAUAGUGAAAGUGAAAAGUCGAAUCUUCAUACUUGCUUUCAUUCCUUAAGAGAUAAAGUGGUGGAAACAGGAAUUAGGAGUGCAAUCAGAUUCCAGCACCGAGGCUUUGGUUCAGACGCCACGAAGAUUCAGAGGAAUCCUUUGUUUUCGACGUUGAAUUCUGAGGAUAUAAGCUAUUUCAAAGGUGUAUUAGGCGAGAAAAAUGUAAUUCAGGAUGAAGAGAGGCUGCUGACUGCAAAUACUGAUUGGAUGCACAAGUAUAGAGGCUCAAGUAAGCUUCUGCUGCAGCCUAGGAGCACCGAGGAGGUCUCUCAGAUUCUUAAAUACUGUAAUUCCAGAAGCUUGGCAGUUGUACCUCAAGGUGGAAAUACGGGUCUAGUAGGCGGAAGUGUUCCUGUUUUUGAUGAAGUUGUUAUCAAUGUCAGUUUGAUGAAUAACAUUAUAUCUUUCGACAAGGUUAGUGGUAUACUGGUAUGUGAAGCGGGGUGUAUAUUGGAAAACCUGAUAACUUUCCUAGAUACCCAAGGAUAUAUUAUGCCACUGGACUUAGGUGCAAAAGGUAGCAGCCAGAUUGGUGGAAAUGUUUCAACUAAUGCAGGCGGUCUGCGCCUUGUCCGCUAUGGAUCGCUUCAUGGGAAUGUACUUGGUCUUGAAGUUGUUUUAGCAAAUGGUGAUGUGCUUGACAUGCUUGGUACUUUACGUAAAGAUAAUACUGGGUAUGACUUAAAGCAUUUAUUUAUAGGAAGUGAAGGGUCCUUGGGAAUUGUGACUAAGGUUUCCAUACUUACCCCUCCAAAGCUAUCUGCAGUUAAUGUUGCUUUUUUGGCAUGCAAAGACUAUUUUAGCUGCCAGAAACUUCUUGUGGAAGCAAAGUGGAAACUUGGGGAGAUUCUAUCUGCUUUUGAGUUUUUGGACAACUUAGCAAUGGAUUUGGUUUUGAAUCAUUUGGAAGGUGUUCGGAAUCCAUUACCUCCUUCAUUGCACAGCUUUUAUGUCCUGAUUGAAACUACAGGCAGCGAUGAAGCUUAUAGCAAAGAAAAGCUUGAAGCCUUCCUACUUCAUGCAAUGGGAGCUGGUUUGAUAACUGAUGGUGCACUAGCACAAGACAUAAACCAAGCAUCGUCAUUUUGGCUGAUACGUGAGGGUUUACCAGAAGCAUUGAUGAAAGCAGGGGCCGUUUAUAAAUACGAUUUGUCAUUGCCCAUUGAAAACAUGUACAAUCUUGUUGAGGAAAUGCGAAUAAGACUUGGUGAAUCAGCUACAGUAGUUGCUUAUGGCCAUCUUGGAGAUGGUAAUUUGCAUCUUAAUAUUUCCACUCCACAGUAUGAGGAUAAGAUUUUGGCACAAAUUGAACCUUAUGUCUAUGAAUGGACAUCUAAGCAUCGUGGGAGUAUUAGUGCAGAGCAUGGCCUGGGGUUAAUGAAAGCUAAUGAAAUUUUCUACAGCAAGCCAACUAAUGUUGUGCAUCUAAUGGGUUCAAUCAAAAAAGCUUUGGACCCUAAAGGAAUACUCAAUCCGUAUAAAGUUCUUCCGCACUCCCUCAGUUCUUCCAGUUGAAGUGCGAAACCUGGUUUGCAAACUCCUCGUGUUGUUCAGAAAGUUUACAUAAUUGCUUCUUGACAGUUCCCCAAAUGCCUGAGAGAGAUGCAAUUACUGAAUCAUUGAGAACCAAAAGUUGUCAUCAGGAAAGUUAGACCAAGUUUUCCAAACAUAAUUUAUUCGUUUCAGAAUCAAAAAGUAAUUAAGUGUGACUAAAAUAUGUAAGUUGCUGGAUUAUAUCAAAACCAUAGUAUUAUAAGCCCAAUUUAAACCGCUACAUCUGAAUAAUGCAGUAUUUAUCAGGAACUAUUAACCGUAUGUGUUAUAUAUUAAAGGCAGUGGCUAUUCAUGUUC